AUGGGGAAAAGCACCAAAGAUUAUGAUUUGCCAAAAAUAGAAGAAAAUUCAAUUCAUUUAAAUGAAUCUCAUCCAAGAGAAAUAGCAAAUGAGUAUUCCAUAACAGUUCCUGUUGAAGAUUAUGAAGCGCAGAAGAAGUUGAAUGCAGAGCAAUACAAUGCGUACAUUGUUAUUCUAAAUCACGUGAAUGAAAAUCAAAGUGGUAUUUUCGUUGUUGAUGGUCCAGGGGGUAUGGGAAAGACAUAUUUAUAUCGUACUCUGCUUGCAACGAUAAGAUCACAUAAUCAAAUUGCGCUAGCAACAGCAACAUCAGGUGUAGCAGCAGCAAUAAUGCCAGGAGGUCAAACUGCACAUUCAAGAUUUAAAAUCCCAAUAAAUCUCAAUGAUUCAAGUGUUUGCAAUAUCUCAAAACAAAGUGCCACAGCUGAAUUAAUAAGAAAAGCAAAACUUAUUAUAUGGGAUGAAGCUCCAAUGGCAAAACGACAAGCAAUUGAAGUAGUUGACAGGACAUCACAAGAUAUAACAAACAACUCAUAA